UACUGGAACAAGGGUCCUUUCCCCUACUACCCACCCAUGUCCCCUUAACUUUCCCUUCCUAUCUUGCCUCAAACUGUGUGUCACAUAACAAGGAAAGGCUCGUGGCCACAGUCCGCAGUGGAAUAUUCCAGCUAACACCUAAGGGUUACCUAUCCAUAUGAUCCCAGGAAAUUGUCAGUGGAUAGAAGUGGAUGUCCAGAACUCCCAUGGCUUCAGGAAUUCACUAUUGUUCUUUCAGAAAGCAGGGGGGAGUACAGAGAUGGCUUAACUGUUAGAAAAAAAAAAAAACUGCCUUGUCUUACAAACCUAAGAACCUGAGUUUGAGACAGGCAGUGGUGGUGGUGCACGCCUUUAAUCCCAGCACUCGGGAGGCAGAGGCAGGCAGAUCUCUGAGUUCCAGGACAGGCUCCAAAGCUAAACCCUGUCUCGAGAAACAAAACAACAACAACAAAAACCUGAGUUUGAUCACAACCUAGAAGUUGAGGUUGGUGUGUGUACCUGUAUUUCCAGUGCUGAGAGGCAGACAGUAGGGUCCCUGGGAUUUGCUGGAUAGUCAGCCUCACGGAAUCUGUGACCUCCAGGUGAAAAAGAGCCCCUGUCUCAAAAUAAUAGGGUGGACAACGCUACUGAGGAACUACACUCAACAUCGACCUCUGGUGUCCAUGGGCAUCCAAACACCUACACACAGGUACGUACAAAGUGAGCUAGUAUGGUCACAGAAGUCAGGCAGGAGAGUUAGACAGGUCAACCAAGAUUAGAGACCAGCACCCAGCAGCCCUCAGAGCUGGCAGGAAGAGGCACUUCCCGUAGGGCUGGGGAGAAGCCUCCCUACCCUCCCUGGAGGGAAGGGAGUCUCCAAGGAAGUGAAAUCUCUAGGAGGAGGCCCUGAGUCUGUGGAGGUGCGUCUUCCGGGAGAGGAUGGGGGGCAGGAAUCCCUGGUGCACAGCCUCCAGGGGCUGUCCUUCACCGGGAUCGCCUUCUCCUGGGCACCGCUUCGCGCCUGGCUCCAAGGAGAGCUGCUCUGCGGGGUACCCCGCGUAACGGCGGAAACUGAGCGGUGGGCGGGACCUGGCGCCGCCCCGCCCCCGCGCUUCCUCCUCUUUCACUUUCCUUUCCGCGGAAAGCGGGUCGGGUCCUGCCUCUCGAGUAUGGACGACCUGGACUGCGAUUCCACCUGGGAGGACGAGAGCGAGGAGGACGGCGAGGACGGCCAGGCGGAUGAUACGGGCGAUGAGGACACGGGCGACGAGGACGGCGACGCGGAGGAGGCACGGCCAGGCGUGUUCCAGUCUAGGAUGACAGGGUACCGAAACUGGCGAGCUAUGCAGGACAUGCGAAGGUACCGACACCACUACCCGGAUUUGGCAGAUCAAGACUGCAAUGGCGACAUGUCCAACCUGAGUUUCUACAAAAAUGAGAUCUGCUUCCAGCCAAACGGUUUUCUCAUUGAGGACAUUCUUCAGAAUUGGAAAGACAACUAUGACCUCCUUGAAGAGAAUCACUCCUACAUCCAGUGGCUGUUUCCUCUGAGGGAACCAGGAGUCAACUGGCAUGCCAAGCCCCUCACACUCAAAGAGGUCGAGGCAUUUAAAAGCUCCAAGGAGGUCAGAGAGCGUCUUAUCCGGGCCUAUGAGCUCAUGCUGGGCUUUUAUGGAAUCCAACUUGAAGACCGGGAUACAGGUGCUGUCUGCCGUGCACAGAACUACCAGCUGCGCUUCCACAACCUGAACAGUCACAGCCACAACAACCUGCGCAUCACACGUAUCCUCAAGUCGCUGGGCGAGCUGGGCUUAGAGCACUACCAGGCGCCGCUGGUCCGCUUCUUCCUGGAGGAGACACUAGUGCAGCACACAUUGCCCAGCGUGCGCCAGAGUGCCCUGGACUACUUCCUCUUUGCUGUGCGCUGCCGGCACCAGCGCCGGCAGCUCGUGCACUUUGCAUGGGAGCACUUCAAGCCUCGCUGCCAGUUUGUCUGGGGGCCCCGUGACAAGCUUCGGAAAUUCAGGCCCCAGGCUACACCCCAGCCCCUGAUGGUACUAGAGCAGGCAGAUAAGGACGAGGGCUCCAGGAACCCCUUCCAAGAGGCUGGCACCCAGGGUCGGACCUAUGGAUCUGGAAGGGACCUGAGUGGGGACACUGGAACUGAGGAUCCCUCACUGCUGAGCACACAGCCCCAGGAUGUGGGAACCUUGGAUGGGGACAAGAGGGAUGAGGCUGAGUCACUGAGCCCCAAAGAGAGCAAGAAGAGGAAGUUGGAGGGGAACAGGCAGGAGCAGACCCCAGGGGAGUCAGAUCCCCAGGGUGUCUCUGAGGUAGAGAAAAUUGCCCUCAACCUUGAGGGGUGUGCCCUCAGCCCUGUCAGCCAGGAACCCAGGGAGGCUGAACAGCCCUGUCCUGUUACCCAUGAGGCCAGGAUGGCUGAUGAGGUAAGAAAACGGAGGAAGGUGGAGGAGGGGGCUGAGGGUGAUGGACCUGCCAGUAACCAUAACACUGAAAUGCAGGCCCAUGCCCCGCCUCCUACACCUUCAGAGUGUCCUGAGGCCCAAAAGGAUGGGAACAGGCCAGAGGACCCAGAAAGCCAGGUGGGGCCAGAGCAAGGUGCCUCUGUGAAUUUGGUGGAGGAUCCUGGGAGCCUGGUGGAGGACCCUGGCCCUGACACCACAGGAAUCUCAGUGGAUGAGUCAGAGGAGUUGGCAAGGGUAGGGGCCUCUGCUGAACCCCUGAAGCCUUAGAGGUGCAUCUCAGUCCCACUAGCCCACUGCAGGGGUUCUCGUGAGUCCCAGAGCCCUGCUCUUGGCUCUUCUCAGUGCCCCACAGUGCUGGCCUCUCCCUGGUGGUCACUGAAACGUCCACCAGAGGGACUGAGGCCCUGCCCUCAGGGAAGGCCACUGCCUUCAGAACCCUCCUUACCUCACUGUGUCCUCCCCCACUGCCCUCUGAGCCCCAUGUUUGUGAACAGACCCCACGGGUCGGGGAGGGGGGAGGGGCCUCUUUUCUUAGUCUGGUGCCAAGUGAGGCCUUUUCUGAAUAAACUCUUCAGACUUUG